GAGAAAUAUGAUUAGAUAAGGUUAUUGAAAGAAAGGAAUAUUCUUUACAUAUACAACUCAGAUAACUGAAACUAAUCAGAAUAUCUUGCCAAAAAAUAAUAAGUCUUGCGAAUACCCUUUCGAAUAUCAUAAGUUACUCACUAAAGUUACUUCGAUGAAAUAGUUUCCUUCAUUAAAACUACAAAGUAAAAAGAAGAGUGCGAAGAAAAAGAAUGAAAAUCGAGCAGGCACUGAUUGAAGAAUAUGAGAAAAAUGGCGCAAUUUGUCUCCGAGGUGUGUUCGACGAAAAUUGGAUUGAAAUCGUUCGUGCCGGUAUAGAAAAGAAUUUGAAUGAUCCAAGUUGUUACAGCGAAAAGUUAAAAGGUGAAAAGGGGAACGGUUAUUAUUUCGACGAUUAUUGUAAUUGGAAGAGAAUAGAGGAAUUUAAAAAAUUUGCACUCGAAUCUCCAGCUGCUGCGAUUGCUGGAACAUUGACAAGAUCUGAGGAGAUAUCGUUUUAUCACGAGCAUGUGCUUGUUAAAGAUGCCGGAACAGAUAAGAAGACGCCAUGGCACCACGAUCAGUCAUAUUACCCAGUUGACGGGGAAAAGGUUUGUUCGAUUUGGAUGCCAGUCGACCCCGUACCACGGGAAACGUGUGUGCAAUUCGUUGCGGGCUCUCACAAGUGGGGAUGGUACUCACCCCGAAAGUUCGAAACAACUCAGCCUUAUAAAGUAAUCGACGAGACGCUUUGUUCGGAAAAAAAUUAUCAACAAGUGCCUGAUAUCGAAGCGAACAAAGAACAAUGGAACAUUUUGUGCUGGGAUUUGCAGCCGGGUGAUUGCAUUGUAUUUCACAUGAAAUGUUUACAUGGUGCACCGGGAAAUAUGUCCACGACUCAUUCUAGAAGAGUAUUAUCCACACGUUGGUUAGGGGAUGAUGCUACUUUAGCCAGAAGACCAUGGGAAAUAUCUCCUCCAAUCACAGGUGGACUACAAAUCGGACAGCGAAUGGUUUGCAAAGAAUUCCCAAUCGUUUGGAAAAACGAAGAAUAAAACUAAUUCAUGAAUGGCUGAUUUAACUGCGCUAGAAAGAUUUGAAAAAAUUCUUCGAAAAAUUUCCAUGGAUUGAUUAUUGAGAAGAAGUUGCAUGCAACAUUAUUAUAUCCCUUGAAGAAAUAAAAAGAGUGGGGG